AUGUGCAACAACAAUGCAACUAAUGAUUUAGACACUGUUACAGAUUCCGAGGUGAGGAUUGUUCUGGUGGGCAAGACUGGAUCAGGAAAGAGCGCAACAGGGAACACCAUCCUGGGCAGAAAGGCCUUUGAAGCACGCUGCUCUCUUGUGCCCAUUACACAGAAGAGUGAGAAAGACAGCAGAGAUCGGAGUAGGAAAAGAAUCACAGUGGUCGACUCUCCAGGGAUCUUUGAAGCAUCCAAGAGUAAAUCAGAAGUGAAACAGGAAAUUAAAAGGUGUAUUGAUUUUUCCUGUCCUGGUCCACAUGUAAUCCUAUUAGUUAUCAGACUGGAUACAUUCACUGAGGAGGAAAGACAAGCAGUUAAGUGGAUUCAGGAGAACUUUGGAGAAGAGGCUCCAAACUACACCAUGGUGCUGUUCACUAAUGGUGAGGCACUAGACGGAAGAACGAUAGAAGAAUGUCUGAGUGAAGCGCCAGUCGUAAAGAAGAUAGUUGAAGAGUGUAAAGCAGGAUACCAUGUUUUUCAGAACAAGAGUGAGGAUCAGGCUCAGGUCACGGAGCUUCUGGAGAAGAUUGAUAAGGUCAUCAAGAAAAACUCAAAGAAAGAAUAUACGCAAGAAAUGUUUGAAGAGGCUCAGAGAAAGUUACAAAGAAAGAAACAUAUUAAAUUUGCUGGAAUUGGUGGUGGAGUAGUAGGAGCAGGGGUAGGUGUAGUAGGGGCAGCCUAUGCAGGAAAUACAGCAUUAGUGAUCGCUGGAGCAGCAACAGGUGGAGCAGCAGUACUUUGGGCAGUAGCAGCAGGGGCAGUAGCAGCAGCAUAUUAUUACUCACUGCUGUGAGUAAAAACCCCACCAACUGCACUCUGCCUGAUAUAACAGCACCUACCAUGUCAGAGUCACUGCUGUGCUGAGAAUGGACCGCUAUCCAAAUAAUAUCUGGACAAUGAGCAACUGUGGACCUGUGGUCAGUAACUGACCAAUGAUGAACAGUAGUGGGACAAAUUGUGCAGAAAUACAUGCAAUACAGUCUGUAAUGGUGUAUCUAUAUAAUGAAUCUAAGGAAAAUAUUCAUCUUUAAAUCAGUGAAAAAGCUUUUCAACACAUCACAGUCCACAAGUUACAUAUACAAAGCUUUUUUUUUCAUAUUAAUGCCCAUGUAGACUUUAUUCAAGUCUCUUGGAAU